GAGAGGGAGAGGUACGGGAGUCUUUUUGGGGGGGAUGUACCGGAGUCGGACUACGUUUAAUGUGUGUCAGACGCAGCCGGCCGCGUUCCGAUGCGGCCUUGUUACCCCAACGUUAUGUACCUGUAUGCGUGUCUCACUGCUUUGGGAGGGGGGCGUGAUCUCGCAACAUCAUAUGGUGACCGAGGGGGAGGGAAUUUCAGACAUCACAUGGUCCUUUUCUUCAACUUCCAUGAUGGGAUGAUGUUGACUACCGACCACUUCAAUUCAAUCUUUUCCGAAUCUUGGCUUGUGGGUUGACACGGUCACUCACUUCUGGAGAUCAUUCCAUCACGAUUUCGGGGAAAGUGAAAAGGUAUAAAGAAGAUGGAUUCAGUCUACUGGGAUAUCUUCCCCGACACAGAAGACGCGGAAGACGCGCAGAGCGAAGAGGAAACCAACGACAACGCCUGUUCGCCAGACAUCAAGGUGCCCUGCGACAGAUGCAGACGCAAGAGACGCCCAUCAUGUAAACGCUGCAGGGACCGCCAGCGCCAGCUUCACCUUCAACGCCAGUCAAAUCCACACUCUCAUCCUCGGAGGACGCGGAAAUCGUCUCUCGAAAUCGCAUGUUUUCCAGAUCGGUCCUCGUCUUCGGACUCAUCCUCUUCUUCUUCAAAUUCGUCACAUCACGCUCAUCCCUCACCACCAAACUUCUCUACCUCUACCACGGCGCAGGACGUAAUCCCAGAAGUCGCCCUUCAACAACCAGACGACGCCCCAGAUACAACAGCGCAGAAAAGCACGCUCACCGUCCCUGGCGGACCGACUUUCGCAGCAGUAUACACCAACUCCCCAUCCUGGAUGUCGACGUAUACCUCGUCAACCUGCGCAACGACGUACACCACCACGCACGAACGCUCUCGCAGAGACGGCUUCGGCAGCGGGGAGAGGGGUGCCGGCGACGGGACGAGAGACGGGUGGCUGGAUGUCCGGAGGCGGAGGAGGCCGCCUUAUCCUAGACGUCCGAGGACUGUCAGGCGAUGGGGUGACGGGUCAAUGACGGCGGGUGUGGGAGUGUCCUCGAGGACGAUGUCUGGAUGGGGCGAGGAGACGGUUGAGGGGUGGGAUGAGGGGGAGAUGGAGAGCGGGAGUUAUUGUGUUGUUGAGGGGGCACGGUGGGAGGAGCAGAGGUUUAUUACGUCUAGGAGGGCGGCUCAGGGGAUGGGAAUGGCAAAGAGUGGUGCGCGGAAGGGGAGGAGGGAGGCGUGGAGGGGUGUUGUUGGGUAUAGUUCUAAGAGGAGGACGAGGGUAGUUCCGUUGGCUGAGCCGCCCAAGCCGAGCAUUCUGGUCGAUUUACUUGCGAUGAGAAUGGGGAUGUUGACGACGAGAUUGGUGGAGGGAGGGGGGAGGGGUUUGUGGGGUUUGCCGUAUGUGGAAGGGAGAGGGCAUUCCCGGGUCGUGUUUGCAAUGGCGUAUGUGAGGGGGACGGCGCAUGUAAAGGGCCUCUGGGGAUUGUUGGGUGAUAGAUGUGAAGACGGUAAGGGCUUCUUAGGAUCUGGUGGUGAAGGAGGGGUUUGGAGCAUCAUGUUGAGAUAUCUUGGGGGAAUUCUUGGCUUCCCUAGGCGUGAAGGACAAGAUGAGGUGGAUUAGCAUGAUCCAUUUGAAAGCGACUGGCCUGGCAUCGUCGAUACCUUCAUCACAAGAUUGCUAACUAUCAUCAUUUGAGACCUCGUGUAUUCUUCUAUCGAAAAUCUGAAAGGCACUAUGCCGUCUUCCCAUCCU